UCUGUACAAGGACAUCAUGAUGGAGAAUCACGAGUCCCUCACAUCACCAGGUGCAGAAAGGAUGAGCAACUCCCAUGGACAUCUCCAUUUAUCUUCCUAUUAUGAAGUGGAAGAUAACAAUACCACACAAGCUAAUUCAAUAACUCCUUAUGUAUCCUCAGUCCUUCAAAGUGGAGAUCUAUUCACCAACACCUCUGGUCACAAGAAACAACUUUUCUCUAAUCCAUCACUGAUUGGAAAAACUAAAACUAAACAGAAAUGUGGGAAAAUAUUUCCAUAUGAGAAACAUUUUAAAACCAAAUCUAGUCUUUUUUUGCAUAAGGGAAAUCAUAGAGAUAAAGGGUCAUUUUCAUGCUCGGAAUGUGGGAAAUCUUUUACCAGGAAAUUAAUUUUAAUUGCACAUCGAAGAAGUCACACAGGAGAGAAGUCGUAUUCAUGUUCAGAAUGUGGUAAAUAUUUUAGUCAGAAAUCAUAUUUUGUGAGCCAUCUAAGAAUCCACCGAGGGGAGAAGCCAUAUUCAUGUUCAGAAUGUGGAACAGGUUUUGCCCAUAAUUUGGCUCUUCUUAAGCAUCAGAGAACUCACAAAACAGAAAAGCCAUUUUCAUGUUCGGAAUGUGGGAAAUGUUUUAGUCAAAAAUGGGAUCUUGAUAGACACUGGAGAACUCACACAGGUGAGAAACCAUUUUUAUGUCCUGAAUGUGGGAAAUGUUUUAGUCGCAAAUCAUCUCUUGUGGAACAUCUAAGAAUUCACACAGGAGAGAAGCCGUUUUCAUGCUCAGAAUGUGGGAAAUGCUUUAGUCAAAAAUCAAACCUUGAUAGACAUCAGCUAUCUCACACAGGAGAGAAACCAUUUAUAUGUCCUGAAUGUAAGAAGCGUUUUAGUCGGAAAUCUUCUCUUGUGGAACAUCUAAGAAUUCACACAGGAGAGAAGCCAUUUUCAUGUUCAGAAUGUGGGAAAUGUUUUAUUCAAAAAUCAGAUUUUGAUAGACAUCUGAGAACUCACACAGGAGAGAAACCAUUUUUAUGUCAUGAAUGCGGGAAGUGUUUUAGCCAGAAAUCAAAUCUUGUGGAACAUCUAAGAACUCACACAGGAGAGAAGCCAUAUUCAUGCUCUGAAUGUGGGAAAUAUUUUGCCAAUAACGUAGCUCUUCUUAAUCAUCAAAGUUCACAAUGUGGGAAAUGAUUUACUAAAAAAAUCAGAUCUUGAUGGACAUCAUAGAACUCACACAGGGGAAAAAACAUUUUUAUAUCUUAAAUGUGGGAAAAGUUUCUGUCAGAAAUCAUAUCUUGAGGAACAACUAAAAAUUCACAAGAGUUAAGCCAUUUUCAUGUCCUCAAUUUUAGUCAGAAAUCAAAUCUUAUGGAACAUUUGAGACUUCACACAGGAGACAAGCUGCUUUAAUGCCCAGAAUGUAGAACACGUUUUACCCGUAAAUCAGCUCUUCUUAAUCAUCUUUUGAUGUACUCACAAAAAAAAGAGAAGCCAUAUUCAUAUACAGAAUGUGGGAAGCGUUUUAUACACUGUACAAUACAAUAAAGAAUACAAGUAAAGCGUGCCCUGGCCAUUAACUUAUCUGGACUAGCCGCAUCUUACCGCUAAAGGACCCUUUAUGAUGUCUCAGUCUGUUGUUCAGUCACACUCAGUAGACAUUUGUUUUCAUCAUAGUAGGAUCAUAUUCAGAAGAUAGAAGGGUAAGGGCCCUUGCA